ACUCAUUUGCAUAAUUCAGUAAUUGCAAGCCGCAAACAAGCCCGUUCCGACCGUGAAAAACCUAAACGCUGUCUGCUUGCCACCAUGCCCACCGAAACAAACUCGAUUCAGCAGCCGACAUCCGGCAAUUCUGUCUCUGAUCUAGUCGACGCCUUGCUCGAGGCUGCUAGGUAUGAUGACCUUGAUGAUGUCAUAAGCUUAUAUUCACUGGGCGUUUCUCUCAAUGCUCAAGACUCUCAGGGGCGAACAGCACUUCACAUGGCUGCUGCAAAUGGGCACGUUGAUAUUGUAGAGUAUCUUAUCCGCAAUGGAGUGGAUGUAAAUACUUCUAACACGGAGAAGAAUACUCCACUGCAUUGGGCUUGUCUCAAUGGAAAAAAAGAGGUGGUAAGGGCUUUGAUUCUGGCUGGAGCAAAUGUAAGUUUGCUAAAUAGCUAUGAACGCACCCCAAUGGAUGAAGCCGUUGCCAGGGGGGAGAUGGACGUUGUUGAUGCGAUCAAUGCUGUGGUAGCUCAGGCUGAACUUCAGGGAGUUGGUGUUUUUUAGUACAGUGAUUGGAUGCUGCGAUGGUGUAGGAAAUGAUGAUGAACCCGAUCAAAAUCUCAUUGUUCCGUCAUCUUGAGUCAUCAUGAUGACUAAUCUACUUAAGCCAUGAAAGGUAGUUAACCCAACUUGAUGAAAAAUAUUCUUGUCAGCAUCUAUGGGCUGCAUCAUUCCAUGCUCUUGUAAAUCUGAGGUGAUAGUUUAAAUGGACUAGUUUAAGUUGAUCUUAGCUAAAUAAAGAUUUUAUGUCAAUCAAAUGUAUUCUUGUAGUUCAUU